GGAUGAAAAAGAACAGCUCACAGAGUACAAGGGACAAAUCUCCGGGCUGGCCAAGAGGGCAAAGGCCGUCAUACAGCUGAAACCUCGGAGCCCGGCCAACCCGCCCAAAGCAAACAACCCGUCCAGGCCGUCUGUGACUACAAACAGAUGGAGAUUACUGUGCAUAAGGGAGAUGAAUGUGUGUUGGUGAACAACUCCCAGCCCAGCAAGUGGAAAGUCAUGAAUUCUUCAGGAAGUGAUGCCUUGGUUCCAUCUGUCUGCUUCAUCGUUCCACCACCCAACAAGGAGGCUCUGGAUGCUGUCAGUCGGUUGGAGGAAAGCCAUCAAGCCCUAAUCACUCUGUGGCACACCAUGCAUGUCGAUCUGAAGUGUCUGCUUUCCUACCAGUAUCUGCUCAGGGACUUCCAGCUCAUCCAGUCCUGGACACUCAUCACGUUCCGAAGCAUGACAUCGGAGGAGUAUUCUCAGGCUCUCCGGAACCUGGAAAUCCAUUACCAGGACUUCCUGAGAGACAGCCAGGACUCUCAGAACUUCCACCCAGAUGACCGCAUGAACAUUGAGAGAGAAUACAACUCCUGCACCCAGAAGUACGACAUGCUCCUACGCAGUCUAGAGAAAGGUGAACAGGAUGAGAGCACGUGUAGGAACUACAUAUCACAGCUGAAGAAUAUUCAAUUACAGCUGGACGGGUGUGAGUCCCGUACAGUGAACAAGAUCCGCAGCCCCCUGGACAAAGAUCCCAUCAAAGAAUGCUCUCAGCGGAUCGGAGACCAGCAGCAAAUUCACUUUGAACUGGAGACCAUCCAGAAAAACCUGGACAAGGUGAACGACAAGACCCGUAAGAUACUAGUCCAGCCUGACCUCGGAGACUCGGCUCCCCUCCUAAGAUCUGAGCUUGAGCUAACAUUGCAGAAGAUGAACCAAGUCUACAGCCUUUCCACCUUCUACCUGGAUAAGCUGAAGACAAUACACUUGGUUAUCAGGAACACCCAAGGUGCUGAGGAGGUUGUGAAAACGUAUGAAGAUCAGCUGAAGGAAGUCCAGGCUGUUCCUGGUGACCUCAAAGAGCUGGAGAAUAACAAGUCAGACCUGAAGAGAAUGCGUGGGCAGGUAGAAGGUCACCAGCCACUCUUCAAUGGACUGGAGAACGAUCUUAGCAAGGCCAGAGAGGUGAGCGAGAGGAUGCUGAAGGUCCACAGCGAACGGGAUGUGGAUCUGGACAGAUAUCGGGAGAAGGUGCAGAUGCUGCUGGAGCGUUGGCAGGCCAUCGUCCUUCAGAUUGACGUUCGGCAGAGAGAGCUGGAACAGCUGGGCAAGCAACUGAGAUACUACAGGGAGAGCUAUGAGUGGCUCAUCCGCUGGAUAACAGAAGCCAAGAAGAGGCAAGAGAAGAUCCAGUCUGUGCCCAUUACCGACAGCAAAACUGUCAAGGAGCAGCUUCUGGAGGAGAGGAAACUGCUAGAAGAAAGUGAGAAAAACCGUGAAAAAGUGGAUGAAUGCCAGAAGUAUGCAAAGCAAUACAUCGAAGCCAUCAAGGACUUUGAGCUCCAGUUGGUCACCUAUAAAGCUCAGGUAGAACCAGUCGUGUCUCCACUCAAGAAGCCCAAAGUGCAGUCUGCAUCCGAUAACAUCAUCCAGGAGUACGUAGAGCUCCGGACCAAAUACAGUGAACUCACCACCCUGACCAGCCAAUACAUCAAAUUCAUCACGGAGACCUUGAGACGUCUGGAAGAGGAGGAGAGAGCGGCAGAGAAGCUUAAAGAAGAAGAGAGAAAGAAGCUGGCAGAAGUAGAGGCCCAGCUGGAGAAGCAGAGGCAGCUGGCUGAGGCCCAUGCGCAGGCAAAAGCCUUGGCAGAAAAAGAGGCCUUGGAAUUGAGGAUGAACAUGCAAGAAGAGGUCACCAGAAGAGAGGUGGUUGCUGUUGAUGCUGAACAGCAGAAAAAGAACAUCCAGCAGGAGCUGCAUCAAAUGAAGCAUAACUCUGAAUCGGAAAUUAAGGCAAAGGUGAAGCUGAUCGAGGAGGCGGAAUACAACCGUAAAAAAGUCGAGGCAACGGAGGAGAUCAGAAUCAUCCGCCUUCAGCUAGAAACCAGCCAGAAGCAAAAGACCGGUGCAGAAGAUGAGCUGCAGGCCUUGAGGGCUCGGGCAGAAGAGGCAGAGAGACAGAAGAAACUAGCUCAAGACGAAGCUGAGCGCUUACGAAAACAGGUGAAGGAUGAGGCGCAGAAAAAACGGGAGGCAGAAGAUGAACUUCACCGAAAAGUCCUGGCUGAAAAAGAUGCAGCAAGGGAAAAACAAAAAGCUAUAGAGGAUCUGGAGAGGUUUAGACUUCAGGCAGAGGAGGCUGAGAGAAGAAUGAAACAAGCAGAGCUUGAGAAGGAGCGACAGAUCAGACAAGCUCACGAUGUGGCCCAACAGAGUGCUGAUGCUGAGCUGCAGAGCAAACGCAUGUCCUUCUUGGAGAAGACAACCCAACUGGAAAUGUCCUUAAAACAAGAGCAUAUCACUGUCACUCACCUGCAAGAGGAGGCCGAACGUCUAAAAAAGCAGCAACUGGAAGCAGAAAAUGCCAGAGAAGAAGCUGAGAAGGAGCUGGAGAAAUGGAGGCAGAAAGCUAACGAGGCCCUGCGCUUAAGACUGCAGGCUGAGGAAAUAGCUCACAAGAAAACCUUGGCCCAGGAGGAGGCUGAGAAACAGAAGGAAGAUGCAGAGAGAGAAGCACGCAAGAGAGUGAAAGCUGAGGAGUCUGCUCUGCGUCAGAAGGAACUGGCAGAAGAAGAACUGGAUAAACAGAGAAGGUUAGCUGAAGAUACAGCUUCCCAUAAACUUUCUGCCGAGCAAGAGUUGAUCCGUCUGAAAGCGGAGGUAGAAAGUGGAGAACAACACCGCAUUGUUCUCGAGGAGGAUCUUUUCCGCCUUAAGAAUGAAGUGAAUGAAGCUAUCCAAAGAAGAAGAGGACUGGAAGAAGAACUGGCCAAGGUUCGUGCUGAAAUGGAGAUCCUUCUACAAGCCAAAUCGAAAGCAGAGGAGGAGUCCCGUUCCAACAGUGAAAAGUCUAAGCAAAUGUUGGAAGGCGAAGCAAGCAAGUUGCGUGAACUUGCUGAAGAAGCUGCCAGGUUGCGUGCUUUGUCUGAAGAGGCCAAGAGGCAGAGACAGCUGGCUGAAGAAGAUGCCACACGACAGAGAGCUGAAGCAGAGAGGAUCUUGAAAGAAAAAUUGGCUGCCAUCAGCGAUGCCACACGGCUGAAGACAGAGGCUGAGAUUGCCCUGAAGGAGAAGGAAGCAGAGAAUGAACGCCUGAGGAGGCUGGCAGAAGAUGAGGCCUACCAAAGGAAACUGCUGGAAGAACAAGCUGCUCAGCAUAAACAAGACAUUGAAGAGAAAAUCCAGCAGCUCAAACAGUCCUCAGAGAAUGAGCUGGAGAGGCAAAAGACUAUAGUGGAUGAAACCCUCAAACACAGGAGAGUGAUAGAAGAAGAAAUUCGCAUUCUGAAAAUUAACUUUGAAAAGGCCUCUGUUGGUAAAUCUGACCUAGAACUAGAGCUCCAAAAAUUGAAAAACAUUGCAGAUGAAACGCAAAGAAGCAAAGAGAAAGCCGAACAAGAGGCAGAGAAGCAGAGACAGCUGGCCCUGGAAGAAGAGACGAGGCGCAAAGAGGCCGAGGACAAAGUCAAGAAGAUCAUUGCAGCAGAACAGGAGGCAGCAAGGCAGAGGAAACUGGCUUUAGAAGAAGUCGAGAGACUGAAGGCCAAGGCUGAAGAAGCCAAAAAACAGAAAGACCUAGCCGAGAAGGAGGCCGAAAAGCAGAUCCAAUUAGCACAGGACGCUGCAAGACUUAAAAUUGACGCGGAAGAAAAGGCUUACUAUGCUGCUGUACAACAGAGAGAGCAAGAAAUGCUGCAAACCAGAAUCCAGGAACAGAGCGUCUUAGAUAAGCUAAAGGAAGAAGCCGAAAAGGCUAAGCGUGCCGCUGAGGAAGCCGAACGUGCUAAAGUAAAGGCCGAACAUGAGGCUGCAUUGUCGCGUCAGCAGGCAGAGGAAGCUGACCGUUUAAAAACAGAAGGCUGAAGUUGAAGCCCAGAACAAAACACAGGCUCAGGAAGAUGCCGAAAAGGUCCGAAAAGAAGCAGAACUAGAAGCCGCUAAGCGGGCCCAGGCAGAACAGGCAGCUUUGAAGCUCAAACAAAUGGCUGAUGCUGAAAUGGAAAAGCAUAAACAGUUCGCCGAGAAAACAGUCAGGCAAAAAGAGCAGGUUGAGGGUGAGCUGACCAAAGUCAAACUUCAGCUGGAAGAAACCGACCACCAAAAAGCUAUUUUGGAUGAAGAACUUGGGCGUCUGAAAGAAGAAGUGACCGAAUCUCUGAGACAAAAGAAGCUUGUGGAAGAGGAGCUCUUUAAAGUUAAAAUACAGAUGGAAGAGCUGAUUAAAUUGAAGUUUCGCAUAGAAGAGGAAAACAAAAUGCUCAUCCUAAAAGACAAAGACAACACCCAAAAAUUCCUGGCUGAGGAAGCGGAGAAGAUGAAACAGGUAGCCGAAGAUGCUGCUCGACUGAGCAUUGAGGCCCAAGAGGCCGCCCGUUUAAGAAAGAUUGCAGAGGAUGACCUAAAUGAGCAACGAGCGUUGGCUGAAAAGAUGCUGAAGGAGAAGAUGCAAGCUGUACAGGAGGCCACCCGCCUAAAAGCCGAAGCGGAAAUGCUGCAAAAACAGAAAGAGCUGGCCCUUGAACAGGCCAAGAAGCUGCAAGAAGACAAGGAGCAAAUGCAGCAGCAGCUUGCCGAGGAGACAGAGGGCUUCCAAAAGACCCUGGAGGCCGAGCGGCGCAGACAGCUGGACAUAAGCGCCGAAGCCGAACGCCUGAAACUCCAGGUGGUGGAAAUGAGCAAAGCCCAAUCCAAAGCAGAGGAAGAUGCCAAAAAGUUCAGGAAACAAGCCGAAGAGAUCAGUGAAAGACUGCACCGAACAGAACUGUCCACCAAGGAGAAGAUGACUGUGGUGCAGACUCUGGAAAUACAGAGACAGCAUAGUGACAAGGAGGCUGAAGAGCUGAGAAAGGCCAUCGGUGAUCUGGAGAAGGAAAAGGAGAAGCUGAAGAAGGAGGCAGAGCUUCUGCAGAAGAAGUCUGAGGAGAUGGCGAAUGCCCAAAAGCAACAGCUUCUUCAAGAAACCAAAACUCUUCAGUCUACGUUCCUCUCUGAAAAGCAUAUCCUGAUUCAGAAAGAGAAGUACAUCGAGGAAGAGAAGGCCAAGCUUGAGAAGCUCUUUGAGGAGGAGGUUGGCAAAGCUCAGAAGCUGAAAUCAGAAAAAGAACGGCAGCUCACACAGCUGGAGGAAGAGAAGAAGCUUCUGCAGCUUAGUAUGGAUGAUGCUCUCAAGAAGCAGCUGGAUGCUGAGGACAAGGUUCGCCAGAAACAUGAGGAACUCCAUCAGCUGGAUAAGAAGCGGCGAGAACAGGAGAAGCUGCUGGAGGAAGAGAACCGGAAACUGAGGGAGAGGCUAGAACAACUUGAGCAGGAACACAGAGUAGCCUUGGAGAAAACAAAGCAGAUCUUAAUCACUAAAGAGACAGUCAUUACCCAGACCAGAGCAUUGCCAAAUGGCAGAGAUGCUAUAGAUGGGUCAGCUCAGAAUGGAGAAGUAGUUAACGGAUUUGAUGGAUUUAGGCAGAAAGUCUCUCCUAACAAGCUGUUUGAGGCUGGAAUAUUGAGCAAAGAACAACUGGAGAAACUCUCUAGUGGACACAUGACUGUAGAUGACCUCUCCCAGCGGGAAGACAUCAAGAAAUACCUUCAGGGAAAGAGCAGCAUUGCUGGCCUCUUGCUUAAACCAAGUAAUGAAAAGAUGAGCAUCUACAAUGCCAUGAAAAAGAAGCUGGUCACACCAGGGACUGCCCUUAUUCUUCUAGAAGCUCAGGCUGCUUCUGGCUACAUUAUCGAUCCAGUGAAGAACAAGAGAUUGACUGUAAGUGAAGCAGUGAAGGAGAAUGUCAUUGGGCCUGAAGUUCACAACAAAAUGUUAUCUGCGGAGAGAGCAAUCACUGGGUACAAGGAUCCAUACACUGGAGAGAAAAUAUCUCUCUUUCAAGCCAUGAAGAAGGACCUCAUAGUGAAAGACCAUGGAAUUCGACUUCUGGAAUCCCAGAUUGCCACUGGAGGCAUUGUUGAUCCAGUCUAUAGCCAUCGGCUGCCCCUGGAUGUAGCUUACAAGCGAGGCUACUUUGAUGAAGAAAUGAACAAAAUCUUAGCUGAUCCCACAGAUGACACAAAAGGCUUCUUUGACCCCAACACACAAGAAAACCUUACCUACCUACAGCUCAUGGAGAGAUGUGUUGUUGACCCAGAGACCAAACUUUGCCUGUUGCCUCUGACAGACAAAGCUGCAAAGAGCGAACUUGUCUACACAGAUUCAGAGGCCAAAGAUGUCUUCAAGAAAGCCACUGUGUCUGUUCCAUUUGGUAAAUUCCAAGGAAAAACUGUCACCAUAUGGGAGAUUAUUAAUUCAGAAUACUUCACAGAAGAGCAGAGGCGAGAACUGCUGCGUCAGUACAAGACUGGCAAAAUCACGGUGGAGAAAAUAAUUAAAAUUAUCAUUACGGUGGUAGAAGAAAAUGAGACCAAGAAGCAAAUGUGUUUUGAUGGUCUCAGAAAUCCUGUCCCAGCAGCAGAACUUGUAGACAGUAAAAUCAUAGACAAUGACCUCUUUAACCAACUGCACCAGGGCAAGAAAGCAGUAAAGGACCUGGCUGAUGUAGAGUCUGUAAAGAAAUACCUGACUGGAAGCACUGCCAUAGCUGGAGUGCAGGUGGAACAGACUGGCGAGAGGCAAACCUUGUAUGAUGCAAUCAGGAAGAACCUACUGAAGCCAGCUACAGCCCUCAGCCUGCUUGAAGCUCAGGCGGGUACAGGAUUCAUUAUUGACCCAGUUACUAACGAGCUGUUCCCAGUUGAUGAAGCUGUUAAAGCUGGAAUUGUUGGGCCAGAGUACCACGAAAAGUUGCUUUCUGCUGAAAAGGCUGUCACUGGCUACAAGGAUCCUUACACAGGACAGACUCUGUCCCUAUUUCAGGCAUUAAAGAAGGGGCUUAUACCCAAAGACAGCGGACUUAGAUUGCUAAGCAGUCAGCUGGCCACUGGUGGCGUCAUUGACCCUGUAAAUAGUCAUCGCCUUCCACUUGAGAUUGCUUAUAAACGAGGUUACCUGGAUGAAGAAACGACUAAACUGCUGUCUGAACCUGCCGAUGAAAACACAGGAUUUUAUGAUCCAAACAGUCAGGAGAACCUGUCCUAUGCACAACUUCAGAAGAAAUGCAAAGUGGACAAGAAAACAGGUCACUUGCUGCUGCCUCUCUCUGAACAAGCCAUACAAUCCCAAUUGGAAGAGGUUUACACAGACUCUCAAGCCAAGGAAGCCUUUGAUAAGACCACAGUUGAAGUGCCUGUUGGUAGCUUUAAAGGAAAGACCAUCACUUUGUGGGAAUUAAUACAUUCUGAAUACUUUACUGAAGAGCAAAGAAGGGAACUUAUACGUCAGUAUAAGACUGGGAAAGUUACAAUUGAGAAAAUCAUAAAAAUCAUGAUCACCAUUGUGGAAGAAACUGAGACCAAGAAACAGCAGCGCCUCACAUUUACCGGUCUUAGAGCUCCAGUCCCUGCCAGCGAACUGCUGGAUUCCAAGGUUAUUGACAAAACCCAGUAUGAGCAACUGAAAGAAGGCAAGAAGUCAGUAAAAGAAAUCGCAGAAAUCGACUCAGUCAGGCAGUAUCUCCAGGGCAGUGACUGUAUAGCUGGUGUUUUCCUAGAAGACAAUAAACUAAAAAUGAACAUCUACCAAGCUAUGAAGAAGAAUCUGCUAAGGCCAGGAACAGCUCUUGUCCUUCUUGAGGCACAAGCUGCCACCGGGUUUAUUGUUGAUCCUGUAAAAAAUCAAAAAUUCUAUGUGAAUGAAGCCGUGAAGGCCGGCAUUGUUGGACCUGAAUUACAUGAAAAGCUUCUUUCUGCUGAAAAAGCCGUCACAGGCUACAAAGAUCCUUACUCUGGAAAUACCAUCUCUGUGUUUGAAGCAAUGCAGAAAGGUCUAAUUCUCAAAGACCACGGAAUUCGCCUCUUGGAAGCACAGAUUGCAACAGGCGGCAUUAUUGAUCCAGUUCACAGUCACCGUGUUCCCGUUGAAGUUGCCUAUAAACGCGGUUACUUUGAUGAAGUGAUGAACAAGAUCCUUUCUGACCCCACAGAUGACACCAAAGGAUUCUUUGAUCCCAAUACCCAUGAGAAUUUGACUUACUUACAACUGAAAGAAAGAUGCGUUAAAGAUCCAGAAACAGGGCUCAAUCUCCUACUAUUGAAGAAAGUAGAAAAGCCAGCAACCGAAGCGAGCAAAGUUUAUACUGAAGAAGAAUCCAAGAAGGUGUUUGAAGAGACAACAGUGGACAUCCCUGCCGGAAGCAUGGCGGGCUCUUCGAUGACCAUUUGGGAGCUCAUGCAGUCUGAUCUUCUACCUAGAGAAGAGAGAGACAGGUUGAUGGAGGAGUUCCGAGCUGGCAGACUGUCCAAGGAACGCAUGAUAAUCAUUAUCAUAGAGAUCAUUGAGAAGACUGAAAUUAUCAGAGAGCAAGAACUGUAUUCUUAUGACUUUGUCCGUCGCCGCAUUACAGCUGAAGAUUUGUAUGAGUCUAAACUUAUCACUCUGGAAAUGUAUACCAUGCUUAAACAGGGAACAAAGACAAUUCAAGAAACUAUCCAGAUUGAAAGUGUCUGGAGAUACCUGUAUGGCACUGGAUGUGUUGCUGGUCUACAAAUGCCAGGCUCUAAAGACACCAUCAGUAUCUACCAGGCCAUGAAGAAAGGGCUGAUCUCUGCUGAUGUGGCUUAUAUACUUCUUGAUGCUCAAGCUGCCACUGGAUUUAUUUUAUUGAUCCUGUAAAGAAUGAGUUGUUAACCGUAGAUGAAGCUGUCAGAAAAGGUGUGGUAGGACCUGAAAUUCAUGACCGCCUGUUGUCUGCGGAAAGAGCAGUUACUGGCUACAGGGAUCCUUACACAGAACAAAUGAUUUCCAUCUUCCAGGCAAUGAAGAAAGACUUGAUUCCUUCAGAUCAAGCUCUGAGACUGCUGGACGCUCAGCUAGCUACAGGUGGUAUCAUUGAUCCACGAUUUGGCUUCCACAUCCCAAAUGAAACUGCAUAUGUACGUGCAUAUCUCAACAAAGAAACCUUAGAAAUGCUGUCAGAGCCAAGUGAGGUCCGUAGUUAUGUGGACCCUUCCACUGAUGAGAAACUCAGCUAUGCUCAACUCCUAAAAAGAUGCAAAAGAUCUGAAAACAGCAACCUCUACCUGCUGCCUCUUGCAGACAGGAGAAAGCUUACUUUCAAGGGUUUGAGGAAAGAGAUUAGCAUGGAAGAACUCAUAAGAUCAAAUGUUAUGGAUGCAAUUACAGCACAGCGCCUACAAGAUGGACUAACCUCUAUUGAGGAAGUUUCAAGAAACCUACAGAAGUUCUUGGAGGGAACAAGUUGCAUUGCUGGUGUCUAUGUAGAAGCUUCAAAAGAAAGAUUUUCCAUCUACCAAGCUAUGAAAAAAGGAAUGAUCAGGCCAGGCACAGCAUUUGAGCUUCUGGAAGCCCAAGCAGCCACAGGUUAUGUGAUCGAUCCAAUCAAAUGUCUCAAGCUGGCAGUUGAAGAUGCUGUGAGAAUGGGUAUCGUGGGGCCCGAAUUUAAAGACAAACUAUUGUCAGCUGAGCGAGCUGUAACUGGUUAUAGGGACCCCUAUUCUGGGAAGCUUAUUUCACUUUUCCAAGCCAUGAAGAAAGGUCUGAUCUUAAAAGAUCAUGGUAUUCGCUUGCUGGAAGCUCAGAUUGCCACAGGUGGUAUUAUCGAUCCAGAGGAAAGCCAUCGCUUGCCAGUAGAGAUUGCCUACAAGAGAGGUCUGUUUGAUGAAGAGAUGAAUGAGAUUCUAUUAGAUCCAAGUGAUGACACUAAAGGGUUCUUUGACCCCAACACAGAAGAAAAUCUGACAUAUCUUCAACUCAUGGAGAGAUGCAUUACUGAUUCUGACACCGGCCUUGUUCUCUUGCCACUUAAAGAAAAGAAACGCGAAAGGAAAACUUCCUCCAAGUCAUCAGUUCGCAAGCGCAGAGUUGUUAUUGUUGAUCCAGAAACUGGCAAGGAAAUGUCUGUGUAUGAAGCUUAUCGCAAAGGUCUUAUUGACCACCAGACCUAUAUCGAACUGUCUGAGCAAGAGUGUGAAUGGGAAGAGGUCACAAUCUCCUCAUCGGAUGGCGUAGUAAAAUCCAUGAUUACUGACAGAAGAUCUGGAAGACAGUAUGAUAUUGAUGAUGCCAUUGCCAAAGGUCUUAUUGACCAGUCUUCCCUGGACCAGUAUCGCUCAGGAACCUUAUCAAUUACAGAGUUCGCUGACAUGCUCUCAGGUAACGUGGGUGGAUUCAGAUCAAGAUCCUCCUCCGUUGGCUCCUCCUCCUCUUACACGGCAAGUCCAGCUGGAAGAGGUCAGUUAUCAUCCUGGAGCGACCCCUCUGAAGAAACUGGGCCCAUUGCUGGCAUAGUAGACACAGACACUCUAGAAAAAGUAUCAAUCACUGAAGCCAUGCAUCGCAACCUUGUAGACAAUAUAACGGGCCAGAGACUUCUGGAAGCUCAGGCAUGUACAGGAGGCAUCAUUGACCCAAUUACAGGAGAAAAGUUCUCAGUUGCAGAUGCAGUAAACAAGGGCUUAGUGGACAAAAUCAUGGUUGACAGAAUUAAUCUUGCACAGAAAGCAUUCAAUGGAUUUGAAGAUCCAAGGACAAAGACAAAAAUGUCAGCAGCCCAAGCUUUGAAAAAAGGCUGGCUAUACUACGAAGCUGGUCAACGAUUCCUUGAAGUUCAGUAUCUCACUGGUGGCCUGAUUGAACCUGAAGUUGAAGGCCGUGUUAACCUCGAGGAGGCUCUCCGUAAAGGUACUAUAGAUUCCCGCACAGCCCAAAAACUGAGGGAUAUCAACACCUAUUCUAAGUACCUGACCUGCCCAAAAACCAAACUCAAGAUUUCCUACAAAGAAGCCAUGGAUAAGAGCAUGGUGGAGGAUGGCACCGGUCUGAGACUCCUUGAAGCAUCUUCACAAUCCAGCAAAGGUUACUACAGCCCCUACAAUGUUAGCGGCUCUGGGUCAGCAUCAGGGUCACGAUCAGGUUCUCGGACUGGUUCUAGACCAGGUUCACGAAGAGGUAGCUUCGAUGCCACUGGAAAUUCCAGCUUCUCCAUGACCUUCUCGUCUUCCUCAUACUCUUCAUCCAACUAUGGCCGAAGAUAUACCAGUGGGCCGCAGGGCAGCCCGAUCGACGCAUCUGAAUUGGCAAAUGCACUGUUAAAUUUAAGUAGAACUUGCAGCCAAGAGUCAAACAUGGGGUUCAACACUUUGCCAGCUCUUUUGCCCAGCCUUGUAUAG